CUCGAGCACCUGGCUUUCUUCUUCCUCUACCAUGUUAACUCCAUUUUUAAAAUUUUGUUUAUAAAAUUUGUUUUAUUUUAUUUUUAUUUCUUCGAAUAAAAAAAAAAAAAGAAAAAACGUUUCUUCUUUCGAAUAUGCCUUCCCUUUAAUGGCCUGAUCUGGUCUCUCUAAGAUCUCAACUUAUUAAUGAAGUCCUCUCCAGUUUCGUCUCAGAAAUUGUUUUUGUUAGUCAGUAGUCAUGCAAUCUAAUUCGUCGUCUUUGAAUCUUCAGAAUUUGCACCAUUUCAAAUCUCGCAAGAGGUUCUGUGUUCCACGAUUCGAUUCGGCUCCUCGGCGUCGCCAUUCUUAUAUCUUUUACGGUUUAAAGCUAAGUGGAUCAAAUAUUCGGAAAUGUGGGUGUCGAUUGCGGCAGAGUGUUGUUCAAGUUAAAGCCUUUGAUGAGGAUUUUGGUUUUUCUUCACUUGACAACUGGAGUGACAAUGAGGGGAGUGUGGGGUUUACGUUUUCAUCUAGCGACUCUGAAGAAAGUGACGGAGAAAUUGUAUUAAACCCAGUGAGUGAUAUUGAUUUGCCUACCAAUUCGACUUCAAGUGAUGAAGCUCUGAGAGUAACUUCUUAUAGGCUUGCAAUGAUGGCGAGAGUACGCAAAAGAUACAGGAUCAAACUUGGAUUGUUUAACAAUCUUGGGCUGAUGACUUUCUUGACGUUGCUGCUUUUAUUUGUGGAUUGGUGGGGAUGGAAGAUUGUCAGACUGCCCUUGGCACCUUUGUACAUGACCCGUCCCUUUUUUAUAUCAGCCGCUUUAGUUGCUUGUGCGGGCUAUCUAUGUGUCCCUUUGCUUAAAAGUAUAAAGAUUCGCCAGAUCAUCAGGAAAGAAGGGCCUUCUAAGCACUCUUGGAAAAAGAAAACUGCUACCAUGGGUGGAUUGUUUUUUGUUCCAGUUGGGGUAGCUGUUGCAAAAGCCACAGUAGGUUACUCUUCUAUUGAAGUUUCUGCUGCAUCAGCUGCAACUCUAGCAUUUGCUGUAAUUGGGCUAAUUGAUGACUUGUUAAGCCUCAUCAAGAAUCAGAGUAGUGGGUUAUCUGCAUGGUUAAGAUUAAUUUUGGAGAUAGCAGUUGGGACGUGCUUUUCGUUUUGGUUGAAUGCCACAGAUAUAUCAUCACCUUAUGGCAUGAAACUGUUGGUUCCUCUACCUGCCCCAAUUGGCCUUCUGUAUUUGGGAAAAUUCUAUCUGUUGUUGACUCCCUUUACUUUUGUUUCCAUGGGAAAUGGGAUUGAUUUGACUGAUGGUCUAGAUGGUUUGGUUGGAGGGACUGCUGCACUGGCCUUUAUUGGAUUGUCAGUUGCAGUGCUUCCAAUAUGUCCAGCGCUUUCUAUAUUUGGAGCAUCAAUGGCAGGAGCAUGUGUUGGUUUUCUAUUCCACAACCGAUACAGAGCAUCUGUUUUUAUGGGUGAUACUGGAUCCUUGGCCCUUGGUGGUGCAUUGGCUGCAAUGGCCGCUUGUACUGGAAUGUUUUUACCAUUAUUUGUUUCAUCUGGGAUCUUUGUGGUGGAAGUUUUGUCUGUUAUUAUGCAGGUUUUGUACUUCAAAACAACCAAGCGCUUGCAUGGAGCUGGUCGUCGAUUGUUUAGAAUGGCACCGUUUCAUCAUCACCUGGAACUAUGCGGACUCAAAGAGCCGAUAAUCGUGGCAUGGGCUUAUGUUAUAUCAUCAGUGUCGGCUUUAUUCGCAGGAUAUGUAGGUCUUAUAUCAGCAUAAUUCUGGAGGCAUUUUCCCUCUAAACAAUGUUGUAUACAUUCAGUUUUAUAUAUUUAAUUAGAUAUCUAAAUGAUAUAUCAUCAUGUGAUUGAAUGUUAUAUUGUCUUUAAUUCGAAAUCACCUAUUCACAUGAUGAUAGAUCAUUUAGGUAUUUAAUUGAAUACUCAAAACUAAGUGGACAUAGUUUUGUUAUUUCUGUCACCCAUUUGAUUUCUAAGUUAAGGUCACGAUUGGUGCUUUUUAGUUCUUCCAAACGAACACUGAUUUACUUGAUUCAUUUUUUGAUCUUUUGCAAAGGAAAGCUAUAGAACAAUGUACACAGUGAUGAUUCUUGUCGAAUACAUUUCUGGAUGAAGGCUUCUGGUAACUGCGACUUGAGCCUUAGAGCCAUGCUAAUACCAAGGAUUACAGUGAGUCAGAUUCAGCAGUAAGCAUUUCAGGCCUAUAUGUAAUUUUUGGACAAAGCAAUAUAACAAGAAAAAAAUUUGAAGUUUAUAA